GUUUCAUUCAAGCUCCCAAACGAGUCUGUGUCCAAAUAAACAAAACAUUUUGAGGAAGUGGUUUGGCCAGAAACAGGAAGACUGUCGCCUCAUUUUCUGUACCAAGACAAACUUAAACAGUGAAGAGAUAAAACCCCAACGAGGAGGACCCACACCCUCCCCGCCAGAACCCCCCAGGAUCCCAACAUGGAGGCUCAACAAGUUUGGCGUCUUUCCUCCAUAUCGAACUGGAUAUUUGUCUCCUUCCUCCUCGCUGGCUGCUCGGGAAUGGACUCGCCAAAGCUCCUCCUGGAAAGCACUGUCCUUGUGGCCUUUGCAGGCGAAGACGUGCCCCUCCGCUUCGAGCUGAAGGUGCCCGCGAACCAAAGCGGCGACCUGACGUGCUCGGAUCCCUCCGGCAAACAGAUCUCCAGCUGCCCCAUCGCCAACCCCGGCGGGCAGCCACAGGACCUCCGACCGGAAUUGGAGCUGUUAAGCGUGACCCACUCGGGAGAAUACAGUUGCUCCUAUGAAUCAGUCCCCGUGUACUUGUAUCUUCGAGUGAGGAGCAAAGAGGACUGCAAAACGGACCUCGACAUGAAUUACACAGAAAUCGGCGCAGUCGGCGUCUUCACCGUCGUGCUGCUGGUGUUCAGUGUGGUCGCCUCGGUGUAUGUCUUCAGAGGAUAUUGGUCAGACUGCCUCACUGAAUGUUGCGAACGUGGCAGACGGCAAAAGCAGAAGACAGAAAAAAGGAAAGAAGGGGAGAAGGAGGAAGACAACAUGGAAGUGAUAACAUCUCCUUCUACAUCGUUCUAUGCCAGUCUACAGCCUCGGCCGAGGUCCAUUUAUGAUGUGCUGGACCACUCAGCUUCCAGGGGAGAGUCAGACAGAAGCAAAGCUGAACCCAAGGAAAGGGAACCAAGAGAAGCGGUGGCACAGACAGAACAAGACCAGCAGGAAGGUGUAUUUGAGUGUGUCUAUGAAAAUUUUUAAAUAAGAGAUAAACUUGUUUUUACAGGUGGUGAUAUUUAUAUUAGUGGCUGAGAUGAUCUCAGUUUAACUGCUUUAAUGAGUCAUUGACAGCUGUGGCCAGAUUUUCUUUUAAAGGUAACAAAUGAAAAUAGAAAGAAAAAAAACGUUUGCAUGUGCCAAGUAUAAAAGUAUGACCAGUAAGUGUUAUCAGUAAAAAAAAAAAAAUCAAAGAACAAAUACAAAA